AUGGACGUAAUGUCAUCAUCCGUACAACAGCAGCGCAACCUCGUCGCAGACCUGCGUCGCGAAGCCGCCAUUAAUCGCCAGACGGUAUCGGAGUCGUGCGCCAAGAUGAUGAAAUACAUCACGGAGCACGAGCAGGAGGAUUACCUAUGGACUGGUUUUACCAGCCAGAAGGUAAAUCCAUUCCGUGAGAAAUCCUCGUGUACUGCUCUCUAAGCAGUAUACAUGGCUAUCUUUUUUUUUACUUGAAUUAAGUUCGUUUUAAAAUAGUACCACAAUUUUGCAAAAUGAAAAUUUAAAUAAAUUUACAUUGUAAUAAAACCUAUCGAACAAGUGUCGACACCACCAGCAACAGAUUACAAAAACCAAAAAAAAAGCAAUAUUAUAAAUUGAUGAUGAUGGUAGAAAACGCCUCAAGUGUAUCAAAGAGUAGAAUGUGGGGAUAUGGAAGUGUGAUGAUCAUGAUAAAUGAAGAGAAAAUUACAAACU